UCCCCGUUGAGUUAUGGUCCUGCACGCUUUCAGCUCUUCCAGUUUCUUCAGUCCUAAGUUCGUUCUUUGGUGCUGGGCACUACCUCUCUAUUCUAUUCUUUUCUUCGUAAAGAGCUGAGCUCAAUUCUUACUUUCCCUAACAUUUGACUUGCUCUCCUCUUGGUCCUUUCAUUUCAAAACUUUGUGUAUCGAUUCAGUUGAAUUUUCACAGUUGUCAACAUGAAGACCGCAUACCCGCUCCUCACACUCCUUUCCACAGCGCUAGUCGCUGCUGCCCCAGCUCCAUUCGUCAAGCCGGGACCCGUUGUCACCGCCGGUACUGAGAAUGUCGUCAUCCCAAAUACUAAUUUCGGUCGACGGGGAGAGGCGAUUGCGGAUUUCAGCAAGAGGGCCGUUGAGCUUCGAGAUGCUCUCCUGAUCGCACGUAACGGCCAGGGCAAGGGCAAUAACCAAGAAGCCCAAGCCCAAGCCCAGCAGAACAACAACGACGAUGAUAAUGACGACGACGAAGAGCAGGGCCAAGGACAGGGGCAGAAGGCCAAUGCCCAGAAUGCCAACUUGGAGGAACAGCUCGCACAGCAGAACCAGGAAGGUGUGCAGCUCGCUGAGCAGGUGCAGGAGGGUGAACAAAACCAACAGGCUCAGGAGGGCGAACAGAACCAGCAAGCCCAACAGGGCAAGCAAAAGAAAGGAAAGGGCAACAAUCAAGAGAACCAGAACAACAAUGCCGAACAGAAUGCACAGCUUGUGGGAGCAGAGGAUCCUAACGCUGUUCAGGACCCUAAUGCUGUCGCCGACCCCAACGCCGUAGCCGAUCCCAAUGCUAAGCAGGAUCCAAACGCCGUAGCCGAUCCCAAUGCUAAGCAGGAUCCAAACGCCGUAGCCGAUCCCAAUGCUAAGCAGGAUCCGAAUGCUGUAGCCGAUCCAAACGCCGUGGCAGACCCCAAUGCUGCUGCUGGCGAGGAUCUUGCUGCUCAAGCUAAGCAAGAAAAGCAGGCAGCUGAUGAAAAUGUCCAGCAGGCUAAGCAACAGCUCAAACAGGCUAAGGAAGCACAGAAAGCAGCCGCUGAGAAGGAGAAGCAGGCUACCCAGGCUGUUGAGCAAGGAAAGAAACAACAACAGCAGGCCGCCGAAGAGCAGGCUAAGCAACAGCAACAGGCGGCUGAAGAGGAGAAGAAGAAGCAAGAGCAGCAGGCUCAACUCGAAGCUGGAAAGAACGCUACAGAGAUUGCUCCACCAGCUGCUGCCAAUGCCACUGAGCCAGAGGUUGGUGGUAACCAGGGUAAUGAGCUUGCCAACGGAGAAAAGGGACAGGGCAAGGGCAAGGGCAAGAAUGCCGGCGAGAACCAGAACGCAGAAGAGAACCAGAACCAGAACCAGAAUGAGAACCAACAGGGCAACGGCAACGGCAACGGAGGAAUCCUUUCCGGUCUUCUCGGAGGCAUUCUCGGCGGUAACAACCAAGAGGGCGCAGGAAAAGCUGGCGGCAACGCUCUUGGAGGACUUGCCAAUGCCAAUCCUCUUGGUGAUGUACUUGGUGGAGCGGGUGGUCUUGCCAAUGGAAACUUGGCCAACUUGCUGAACCGCAACCAACGAAAGCGUGACAGAAUGGUCCGCCGAUCGCUCUCCCGUCGCGAUGCUGAUGCUCUAAACAAUGCCGUGGCUGUUUAGUUGUAUACAGUAUGACUAUUGGAAUUCAUUGCCGCCAAAGCAAUCAAACACUCUUUUUUACG